AUGAACGCCAUGCAUCCUUCGCUUGGGUGGGAACACGUGGUGAAGAAUAAUCUUCGUCCGCUUUUCAACGUUUGUAAGGCUGUUGCCCAAACCUUUGUUCGAGCCGACGUGGAAGUCGUACUUAGUCGCCCGCGAAUCUUGUUCGACUCAUACCUCAUGGAAACGGUGAUUGGCCUCCUUCUCAACGACAAAGAAACAUGUCUUCUUACCAAGAGCCUUAGCGGUGAGGAUCUACCUGAACCCACCAAGUUUCUCUAUGAGGCCUUGCAUGAUGCUGUGCAUCUUGUUGCACUAGACUCGAGGAAUAUCAAUACGCGACGAUGGGCGACUUGUCCAGUGGAUUAG